UUAGUAGUCUGAAGCUAUCGCUGAAAGGAGUAUAAGAAAAUGUUCCCAACCGUGACUGCUUUGCUAGUUUUUUUUCUCUUCGCUUGCUAUACAACCUUGGCCUCUGACCCUGAUCCGGUUCAAGAUUUCUGCAUACCCAAUACAAACUCCAGUCUUUUACCUAGCUCAGUAGGAUCCAACCUCCCUUGCAAGAACUCGUCUGAGGCCACUCCAGAUGACUUUGUUUUCUCCGGCAUAAAAACUGCCGGAAACUUCAAAAAGACCGGCUUCUCAGCCAUUUCGGUAAACCCCAUGCUCUUUCCAGGCCUUAACACACUUGGGAUGUCAUUUGUGAGAGCUGAUCUUGAUGUUGGGGGCAUAAAUGUGCCCCAUUUCCACCCAAGAGCGACUGAGCUUGCAUAUGUAGCAGAGGGCAAGGUUUAUUCUGGUUUCGUCGAUUCUUCCAAUCGUGUAUUUGCAAAGGUGAUUGAGAAAGGAGAGGUAAUGGUGUUUCCUAGAGGUCUGGUUCACUUCCAAAUGAACAUCGGACACUCACCUGCAACAAUUCUUGGAAGUUUUAAUAGCCAAAACCCUGGAUUGCAAAGAAUUCCAACAGCAGUUUUUGGAUCGGGGAUAAAAGAAGAGCUCUUGGAGAAGGCCUUUGGGUUGAGUGCAAGGCAGAUUAGUGUGAUGAGGAGGAAAUUCAUCCCCAUUCCGUAAGAGCUUAGGUGUAUUCUGAAGUGGGAGACUGGGAGUAGAACACUUCAAAUUUCUCUUUGUUUGGUCCUCAAUUAGGUGACUAGAUGUGGAGGAUAAAAGAUUUUUGUCUUACUAUUUUUAUUCAACAAAUUGGGACUUGCUCAUAUUUCAAAUCAUGGUUUAUUUAAA